ACCCCACCUCUCUCUCCAUAUCUCUUUCUCUAGCUCUUCUUCCAUUCUCUCUCUCUCUAGAUACUUGAAAAGCUUCAACACCUAAGUCUUUGAUGGUGCACUUUUUUUUCAUUACUAUUUAAACUUUACAUAUUCCUUCCAAAGUACAACCUUCUGCAGCUCUGCACAGCAGGGUACAACCUUCUUCUACAGAUUCUCAUUCUUCUAUUGGCGCUUAGAGUCUUCAUUCUAUCAAUCUAGUUUGGAGAUGGCACCGAAGAGUGGUCGCGGCAAGACGAAGGGAGACAAGAAGAAGAAGGAAGAAAAGGUUCUUCCAGUUGUUGUGGAUAUUAAAGUGAAUCUGCCGGAUGAGACUCAUGUUAUUUUGAAGGGAAUUUCUACGGACAGAAUCAUAGAUGUUCGUCGGUUAUUGUCUGUCUAUACAGUAACGAGCAACAUCACUAACUACUCGUUAUCUCACGAGGUGAGGGGCCCACGAUUAAAAGAUACGGUGGACGUGUCCACACUGAAACCCUGCACCCUCACGCUAGUGGAAGAGGACUACGAUGAAGAUAGCGCCACGGCGCACGUUAGACGGCUGCUGGACAUCGUCGCCUGCACGACGUCGUUUGGUCCGUCGCCGGAAAAGGUCACCUCUCCUACGGCGUCCUCCGUUGAUUCUAAGGGCGGAGAAGAGGCCAAAGAUGGCCGCGGAACUCAGGACGGAAAGGUUUCUAAGAAAGUGAGCAAGUCUCCCCGCGCGAAGAAUAAGAAACACAGUUCUCCGCCGUCGCUGCCGGCGGAUUCAAAUCCAAAGGAUGGGUCUGCAGCUGCGGUUGAUAGAGAAGGGGAGAUGAGCAACACUUCUCCGAAGCUUGGGAGCUUCUACGAGUUCUUCUCUCUCUCUCACCUCACGCCUCCUCUUCAAUUUAUAAGGAGGGCGGAGAGGAAAAGCAUCGAUGACCUUUCUGGUGAUGAUGAUCACCUUUUCUUUGUUGAGGUGAAAUUGUGCAAUGGCAAAUUGAUUUUUAUAGAAGCUUCCAGGAAAGGUUUUUAUGGCACUGGAAAGCAGCAGAUUUUUUGUCACAAUCUGGUUGACCUGCUGAGACAGCUCAGUAGAGCCUUCGAUAACGCUUAUGGUGAACUCAUGAAAGCAUUCUCAGAAAGGAAUAAGUUCGGAAACCUUCCUUUUGGCUUCAGAGCCAACACAUGGCUUAUCCCACCUGUAGCGGCACAGUCACCAUCUACAUUCCCCCCUCUGCCCACAGAAGACGAAAAAUGGGGUGGCAAUGGAGGUGGUCUAGGCAGAGAUGGCAAAAGUGACCUGCUACCUUAUGCAAAUGAACUUUUGUUUCUUGUAUCCAUGCCAUGCAAAACUGCUGAGGAGAGGCAAAUUAGAGAUAGAAAAGCUUUUCUGCUCCACAGUUUAUUUGUCGACGUUGCAAUUUUCAGGGCCAUUGCAUCUAUGAAACAUGUAAUGCAAACUCCAGAAUAUUCUAAUUCUUCUUCAAAAAGUCAAAUUAUGUAUACAGAGAGAGUUGGGGACUUGAGCAUAACUGUCAUGAAAGAUGCAUCUAAUGCUAGUUGCAAAAUCGAUACUAAGAUUGAUGGAGAACAAGCUAUAGGAUUGGAUGACAAGAAACUGGUCGAAAGAAACCUGCUUAAGGGGAUCACAGCUGACGAAAAUACGGCUGCUCAUGAUAUUGCCACUUUAGGUGUUGUAAAUGUGAGGCAUUGUGGAUAUAUUGCAUGUGUGAAAGUCCAAGGGAUGGACAAUGCAAGUGCAAAUACUCCAUUACGAAGCCAAUUGCUUCUUGAACAGCCUGAUGGUGGUGCUAAUGCCCUAAAUAUUGAUAGUUUAAGGGUAUUACUACAUGAAAAUGCUACAACUGAACAAAAUAAAGCAUCUGCACAUUCUCAAACAUUGGAAUCUGAGCAACUUGAAUAUUCCCAAGCAUUUGUUGAGAGACUGUUGCAAGACAGUCUGGGAGAGCUUUGCGAAGAAAAACGUGAUCUGGAUGCUUUUGUGAGAUGGGAACUCGGAGCCUGCUGGAUACAACAUUUACAAGAUCAGAAGAAAACAGAAAAAGAGAAGAAACUGUCUAAUGAGAAAACCAAAAAUGAAAUGAAGGUUGAGGGACUAGGAACACCGCUUAAAUCCCUUAAAAGUAGAAAGAAGACAUUAGAUGGAAGUGCGGUAGACCAACAAAAUGAGAUCGUUAAAUCUGCUGCUGAUGAUGUGAAGGAUGAAGCUGAAAAAACAUUGAAUGUGACAGAAUCUCAGAUUGAUAAUAGUGCCAUUGAAAAUGAGAUUAUGUUAAAAUCAUUGUUGUCUGAUGCUGCAUUCUCUCGAUUAAAAGAGUCAGAGACUGGACUUCAUGCAAAGUCGCUGCACGAACUGAUUGAGUUAUCCCAAAAAUAUUAUGAUGAUGUUGCACUGCCGAAACUGGUUGCAGAUUUUGGUUCUUUAGAGCUCUCACCAGUAGAUGGUCGGACAUUGACAGAUUUCAUGCAUACUAGAGGUCUUCGGAUGCGAUCACUUGGACAAGUUGUUAAGCUUUCAGAGAAGUUAUCACAUGUGCAAUCUCUUUGCAUACAUGAGAUGAUAGUACGCGCAUUUAAGCAUAUCCUGCAGGCAGUAAUAUCAGCAGUUGAGAAGCCUGAGAAAAUGGCAGCAGCAAUUGCAGCAGCAUUGAAUUUAAUGCUUGGAGUUCCUGAAAGUAAACAACCAGACCUGCCAUCUGGUGUCAAUUUCCUUGUGUGGAAUUGGCUUGAAGUGUUCCUUAUGAAGCGCUACGAAUGGAAUGUAAAGAAUUUCAACUAUGAAGACAUUAGAAAAUUUGCGAUCCUUCGUGGUUUAUGCCACAAGGUGGGUAUUGAACUUGUACCAAGAGACUUUGAUAUGAAAUCUGCACGCCCUUUUCAGAAGGAAGAUAUAGUCAGCCUUGUACCAGUGCAUAAGCAAGCGGCAUGCUCAUCCGCUGAUGGACGGCAACUCUUGGAAUCCUCUAAAACUGCCUUGGAUAAAGGAAAACUUGAAGAAGCUGUUAGCUAUGGAACAAAGGCCCUUGUAAAGUUGGUAGCAGUAUGUGGUCCUUAUCACCGCAUGACAGCUGGCGCUUACAGCCUUCUUGCAGUUGUUUUAUAUCACACUGGAGAUUUCAACCAGGCCACUAUCUAUCAGCAAAAAGCGUUGGAUAUCAAUGAGCGAGAGCUAGGUCUUGAUCAUCCUGAUACUAUGAAAAGUUACGGGGAUCUUGCUGUUUUUUAUUACAGGCUACAGUACACGGAAUUGGCUCUCAAAUACGUGAAGCGAGCAUUAUAUCUUUUACAUCUCACUUGUGGCCCAUCACAUCCAAAUACUGCGGCAACAUACAUAAAUGUGGCUAUGAUGGAGGAAGGCCUGGGUAAUGUGCACGUUGCACUAAGAUAUCUUCAUAAAGCGCUGAAAUGCAACCAAAAACUUCUUGGACCAGACCAUAUUCAGACAGCUGCAAGUUAUCAUGCCAUUGCAAUAGCCCUCUCAUUGAUGGAAGCAUACCCUCUAAGUGUUCAGCAUGAACAGACAACAUUGCAAAUACUUAGGGCAAAGUUGGGACCAGAUGACCUCCGAACUCAGGAUGCAGCUGCGUGGCUUGAAUACUUUGAAUCAAAGGCUUUUGAGCAGCAAGAAGCUGCUCGAAAUGGGACACGAAAGCCUGAUGCUUCUAUAGCCAGCAAGGGCCACCUAAGUGUAUCAGAUUUGCUUGACUACAUAGAUCCAAGUCAGGAUGCUAAAGGGAAAGAAGCCAUGGGAUCAAAGAGAAGAAAUCACAUAGCAAAGGCUAAGGAGAAAGUUAUUCAUGGCAAUCUAGCCACCUCAGAUACUGAAGUUCCCCCAAAAGUUUCCUUUACAAUGGAGGCAAAGGAAGAUGAACAAGUUCACAGCUCUGAUGCUGAGGCAGCUGAGAACAAUGCGUCUAUUUCUCAGCCCGUUCAGUCCGAAGACACUGUGAAAGAAUCUCCUGAUGAAAAACUUGUCCAGCCUGAACAGCCAUUAAUAAGGGAACCUCAAAUAAGAACUCCUGAUUCCAAUGAUGUAUCAUAUGAAACACUUGCUGAAGGAGAAGACGGGUGGCAGCCAGUUCAAAAACCAAGAUCAUCUGGCUUGUUUGGAAAACGACUAUGGCCGCGACGCCAGCAUGGAACUAAGAUUUUUAAUCAACAGAAGAAUGAUCUUGUUGCUGAAUUGGAACAUGCCACACUGAAGAAUAACCACCAAAGUGGAAAAUUUUAUGUUUUAAAGAAACGUGCAGUUCCUGCAGGAAGCAUAGCAGAAUAUUAUGUAGCAAAGACUUCAUCCCCAGGGGCUAAGUAUGGAAGGAAAGCUGUGAAAACUGUGGCAUAUAGGGUGAAGUCCGUGUCAUCAACCAACAUGGCCGGUACAGGGGAGAACUCCAAAAAUGAAGAUGAGACAUUAUGCUCUCCAACAGACUCAAGGCCGGUAUCUGCACAGAAAGAGGUUGGAACUGUUCCCAAGAGAAGUUCAAUAGUAAGUCUGGGUAAAUCUCCUUCAUAUAAGGAAGUAGCUCUGGCAGCACCUGGUACCAUAUCUAUGUUGCAGGUGAGACAUCCCGAGGAUGACGAACCUGAAGAACAGGACAAACAAGCCCAGGAAAAAUCUGUGUCCGCAGCAGAAAGUUCACAGAAUGAUCAAGAAGGCAACAUCCAGGAUUCAGUCAUGGGUUCCACAACUCAACUGAGAAAUGAAAACGAAGCUCUUGAAGAGAAAGAGGAAAUACACCCAGAUAGUGCAAAGAAUCAUGAAAAAUUGGUGGUUGUAUCAGAGUGUAUGGUAGAAGUGCAGUCCAGCCAUAAUGAGUCCAGUCAAAAUGAAGAGCUUGGUACUCACACAAAUAAUGUGUCAAAUUGUGCUCACUCUUCGUCGGAAACUUGUACUUCUACUAAAGAUCUAUUGGUCUGUAGAUCCAAUAAUGAUUCGCAAACCACUUUGCAAGGGGUAGAAGAACAGAAAUUAGAACUUCCAGUGACAUGUCCAGGUGACUCUAGAGAAGUUUCUAACAAGAAGUUGUCAGCUUUAGCAGCUCCAUACAAUCCAUCUGUCGUUAGUCCACGUGUUGCACCAUUGCCUUUGAAUAUUGCUCUCUCUUCUGGUCCAGGAGCUGUUCAACCUGUUGGUCCUUGGCCAAUAAAUAUGGGACUUCAUCAAGGACAUGCUACUCUUUUGCCCAGUCCAAUUUCCUCUCCUCACCACCCGUAUCCUUCGCCCCCAACAACACCAAACAUGCUCCACCCCUUACCAUUUGUGUACCCUCCUUACACACAGGCCCUGUCGCUACCACCUAGCACUUUCCAAUUAACCAGCAACCAGUUUCAUCAUGGUCAAUUUGCUUGGCAAUGCAAUGUACGUGCUAACACACAAGAAUACAUUCCUGUCACACUUUGGCCUGGCUGCCAUCCAUUAGAAUUUCCCUCACCAACAUUGGUUGAACCAAUUGCUAAACCUAUUCUGGAGGAAAAGGAACAAACCAUCAACUCAGAGAACCUAAAUCUGGGAUUACCGUUGGAUCUCGACUCUGGGAAUGAGUCAAAGAAAGAAAUAGAUCUUCCGGCAUCAGAGGCAGUGGAGAACUUAUGUGAUAAUGUGGAUCAAUCAGGUAAUGGGGAGGAAAUCAGUGAAUCCAAGUUCCAUGGUCUGCCCUUUGCUGUUAACCUUUUACAUAGCAGUAAUGGUCCAACUGAAGAAUCCGAGAGGUGCAAUGAUUAUCAUGUUCAGAGACAGCAGUGUAAGCCUGACAGUGAGAAAACAAUCAAUGUUUUAGUUAGAGGGAAAAGGAACAAAAAGCAUAUGUUGCGAAUGCCAUUAAGUUUGCUCAAACGACCAUAUAGUUCACAGCCAUUCAAAGUUGUAUAUAGUAGAGUUGUCAGAGAAACUUCCUAGUUCUCCGAGAUUGGAUUCCAAAGAGACCAGCUAAGCAAAUGCUACAUGAGGAGAUUCAUAUAAUACAGAAAGAUAGCUGAGAAGAGACUGGAUUACAUUUCAGUAAUGCGAAAGUGAUAAUACCUAAAUCAACUUUUGUAUAUGGAUGUUUGAUACAGGCAUGAGCACGUUGAUCAGCUGAUAAAGGUUCUCUUUGGAAAUUCUUCUAGGUCUAUUGCCUUCUUCAACCAUUCAGUAAAGGAGUUCGGGCAUAUUGAUAUAUUAUUUCCUUUAUUUUGAGAUAAAUUUUGACAGUGCGUAAUGGAUAUUUUGAAGUCCUGAUUAAUUCUUUCAUAGAAAGCAAUUCUGAUAUCAAUAUUUUGGAUAAUAUCAUCUCGGUGACAAUUUUUUGAUUCAGUGCUUGAUA